AUGUUGGAUUUUGAUGCUAUCAUAGGCAUGGACUGGUUGGCAGCUUGCUAUGCCAUAGUUGAUUGUCGAGCGAAGACACCCAGAGAGCGAGAGAUUGAAUUUGGCAUGGAUUUGAUUCCGGGAACUCAACCAAUAUCCAUCCCUCCAUAUAGAAUGGCACCCGCCAAAUUGAAGGAGUUGAAGGAACAGUUAAAAGAUUUGAUGGAGAAAGGUUUCAUCAGGCCCAGUACCUCACCUUGGGGUGCACCAGUACUGUUUGGGGAUAGAUGCUUAUCAAAGAUAGAUUUGAGGUCGGGAUACCACCAGGUCAGAGUUCGGGAGAAAGAUAUUCUAAAGACAACCUUCAGGACCCGAUAUGGCCACUCCGAGUUCCUUGUCAUGUCCUUCAGGUUGACGAAUGCACUUGCCUCUGUAGCAUUCUUGAGGCAUAUUGUAUCCGAUGGAGGUAUAAAGGUAGACACUCAGAAGAUUGAGGCUGUGAAAUCCUGGCCUAGAGCUACCACUCCGACAGAGGUUCGUAGCUUUCUAGGCUUAGCAGGAUACUACUGGAGCUUAGCACAUGUAGAGGCCGAGAAAAGACAAUUAACUAGAGAGAUUAAUCAAUUGGCUUGUUUGGGGGUUCAGUUAGUAGACUCUGGCGAUGGUGGAGUUGUACUCCAAAAUGCUGCAAAAUCAUCUCUCAUAGCUAAAGUAAAGGAGAGACUGUACGAGGACCCAGAGUUGGUCGAGUUGAGAGAGCGAGUUUCGCAGCAAAAGAAGCCAUUGUUAGAGCUCAAAGGAGAUGUGGUUCUCAGAUACAGGGGUCGUUUGUGUUCCAGAUAUAGCAGGGUUACGAGACAAGAUUACGUCAGAGGCACAUUAUUCGUGGUGAAGAUAGAGCACCAAAAGCCCGAAGGGCUAAUGCAGACUAUAGAGAUCCCGGCAUGGAAAUGGGAGGCGAUAAACAUGGACUUUAUCACGGGUUUACCUCGUUCUGAUCGUAAGUUCGAUUCCAUAUGGGUGAUAGUCGAUAGGAUCAUGAAAUCAGCUCAUUUCCUACCGGCCAGGUCUACAUAUACAACAGAAGAUUAUGCAAAGUUAUAUAUUAAGGAGAUAGUGUGGCUACACGGAGUACUAGUAUCUAUUAUAUCUGACCAUAGGGCCCAGUUUACAGCACAUUUUUGGAGGUCAUUUCAGAUAGGUCUAGGGACUCAGGUGAAUCUCAGCACAACUUUUCAUCCACAGACUGAUGGACAAACCGAGCGCACAAUUCAAAUGCUCGAGGAUAUGUUACGAGCAUGUGUGUAG